UUUUUUUGUAUUUUCGGUCUUUCUUUCCAAAUUGGGGUUAGGAGAGAAAGGGCAAAAGAGUCUUUAUGGUUAAUUGGCGUUAGUAAAAUCUGGAGUAUUGCCAGGGUUUCAAAAUCCAGUGAACCCAUCACUCUCUCUCUUCAUUAUAUUUUCCGGCGGAUUCUGAUAAGAGGGAGAUUCAAUUCACUGUAAAGACUAAAUAAUUGUACUCAGAAACUAAGAAUUAGUAUAGUUAAUUGGGAGUGCAUUAUUAGAUUUAGAAAAAAAGGGGGUUAAUGGAUUUGGAUCAGUGGAUAACGAAGGUGAAAGAGGGGCAACACUUGGCUGAGGAUCAGCUUCAGCUCCUUUGUGAAUAUGUUAAGGAAAUCCUGAUAGAGGAGUCAAAUGUGCAGCCCGUUAAUAGUCCAGUUACUGUUUGCGGAGACAUCCAUGGCCAGUUUCAUGACCUAAUGAAACUCUUCCAGACUGGAGGUCAUGUACCUGAGACGAAUUACAUUUUCAUGGGAGAUUUUGUUGACCGUGGAUACAAUAGUCUAGAAGUUUUUACAAUUUUGUUGCUCCUUAAAGCAAGAUACCCAGCCAACAUUACUCUGUUACGUGGAAAUCACGAGAGCAGGCAACUAACACAGGUCUAUGGAUUCUAUGAUGAAUGCCAAAGGAAGUAUGGAAAUGCGAAUGCUUGGCGGUACUGCACUGAUGUUUUUGACUAUCUUACUCUCUCGGCAAUAAUAGACGGAACAGUAUUAUGUGUCCAUGGUGGACUUUCUCCUGAUGUUAGAACUAUUGAUCAGAUGAGAGUCAUUGAACGUAAUUGUGAAAUUCCCCAUGAAGGGCCUUUCUGCGACCUUAUGUGGAGUGACCCAGAAGAUAUUGAAACGUGGGCAGUAAGUCCUCGAGGAGCAGGUUGGCUUUUUGGAUCCAGGGUUACCUCCGAGUUUAAUCACAUUAAUAAACUAGAUCUAGUUUGCCGGGCUCACCAGCUUGUCCAGGAAGGUUUGAAGUACAUGUUUCAGGAUAAAGGGCUGGUGACAGUGUGGUCUGCUCCCAACUACUGUUACCGAUGUGGAAAUGUUGCUUCAAUAUUGAGCUUCAAUGAGAAUAUGGAGAGAGAGGUAAAGUUCUUCUCUGAAACGGAAGAAAACAAUCAGAUGAGAGGGCCCAGGACAGGAGUGCCCUAUUUCUUAUGAGUGGAAUGCUCGCUUUUUCUUCUGAUAUUAUUUCUGCAUUUCAUCCUGCCACCCCCUUAUUAAUCGAACAUGUAAGGGAGACUGUCUGUCCAGAGGGGACUGAAUACGUCGUUCAUCAAGAUGGUGGUACAUGCCCUAGCUUGUCUGGGGGACCCUGCUGGCUUCGAAUAGUUUGUGCUAUGUAUUUACAAUGGCCUCGAUUGGCGCUCCCCAUCUGUUCCGUAAUUAUUUUUACCUGUGUCAUAUUGGUGAUAUUGUACCUUGACCAGAUUACAGUCUUUAGAUAACUUGCUUGCAUUUUUGCUAGAUGUACAUUUAUUUUCGCUUUAACUUGAAGAUUAUUGUUCAUUUACAACUCAAAAUCGGAUAAAAGUUGGGAAAACUAUGGCUAAUCAGUGUGAUGUUUCGUAUAACUUAGAAAUAAGGGAGCUGCAGCUACUGAGGAUGUGUUCCAAUUACCUGUAUUUUUCAGUGACAUUGAGAUAUGAUUAAUUGGUGUGUAAGAGACAGUUAGCUGCC